AUGAUUUCAGAGCAAAAAAUAAAAGCUCAUAUGGUCCCGUUUAACUCCAAUGCAACAACCAAGUCUCAGCACCGCCCAGACGUGCCACCACUUGGAAAGCAGCUUCUUGAUCCAAGGCGUAGACCUGCACCGCGCAUGAAAGAGGUUUUUAGUAUCGGGACACACGAUCUCGACAUCCAAUCUCAGGAACGUGCACAUACUUCAUCUUCGCAAAUAAGUAACGCCUCCCAGAAAAGUACACUAGGUCUGGAGAAGUCGUCCAAGAAGUGCAGCUCUUCAACAGUCAAGCAAAUGCAAGCCCCGAAUACUAUCACACCUCAGUCUAUAUUUGACAGCCUCGCCCUCUCCAAACAACUGGGAAACGUGGCUUCAUCUGCAGACGAUCUUAGAGUCAAGAAAAAGGAAGUUUUGAAGAACUAUCUGCGUGUCCAAACACACUUAAACGUUGCUAAGGGAAAUUACGGGGCCGUCUCUGGCUUUCCUGACAUGCGGACACUCAUGCCAAAUCUUGUCGAGGUGGAUGCUAGCGAUAAUAGGCUCGGGAUUCAUCACUUUAUAAAGUUCAAUUGUACCAUUCUUCGAUUAUCCUCAAACCUUGUCACAGAUGAUGUGAUAGAACGGAGCCUCGAACUUCACGGCCUCCUCAGCCAAACGCCAGAGAAGCUGGAAAAAGCACACCUUUUCAGAACCCUCCGGGUGCUAGAUCUGUCCAACAAUCUUAUCGAGAACUUCUAUACGUUAUGUGCUCUAUUGUCUAAGUUCCCCUUGCUUCAAACGGUUAUUCUUUCCAACAAUUCUCUUCAGGUUCCCACAACCAAUGUCGAGGAAGCACGGCUCACAGUGGACGAAUAUCUAAAGCUAGAGCGUCCAGUACGUAAUAUACCGCCCUAUACAAAUAAUGGAUACAUUUUUCCUCUUCUAGGGGUCACAGACCAAUUUGUUCCUUCAGGACAUGCUAACAUACCUGUUGUUACUAGUACCACGACCCUGGUAAUGGACGGAAUUCCUAUAAAUUCGAGUUUCUUCUCUGCAAUUGCCAAGGCGUUUCCUAAUCUUGAGAGACUCUCUGUUCGGGGAUGCAACGUGCACCACUCAUUCCUCAGUUCUCUCUUGGAACUUUCAACUAUAGUUGAGCUUGAUUUGUCCGAUAACCCUGGCAUAGGUUGUGUAGACCACCUAAGGUCGUAUGCUUUGCAUGCACCAAGUAAGAAUCUUAGCAUUAUUCGAGCACACAAUAGUAUUGGCACCGUUUCUACCAAAGAGGGUCCGGUCCAUUUUCUCUGGUUAGAUUUCGACGGGAAUCUUAUCAGCGAGUCACGCAAUCCUUAUUUUCAGCCGGAAACCACAUUUAGAACCAUCGAGAUUUCCCUGUUUCAGAGUUCCGGCAUUAGACACGCACUCCGCUCUGGUGAAUCGGCUCCCAUCAAGAUUGAUACGUCGCUUCCUAAGAUCCCAGGUGUAUCAAAGCUUCGCUGUGAUUCUGCCUCUGGCGUCACCGAUGUCGCCUCUUCGUUGCGACAGCUCACCAACGACCUAGAAGGCUUAGAAUACACUGAUUUGGAUAAGUUUAAUCAGAAGACGACAAUUACUGAAUCUGUGCUAGACACUAUUAACACUGCAAUGGAGAAGCUCAAGCUUGUGUCGGACGAAGCUGAUCAAUCUUCUUCCGUGUCUUUUGGCGCUGAUUUUAAGUCUACGGGGACAGGUCCAGCAUCAAAGUCCGUUAUUUCAGCAGCAAAGCCGCUUUCCUCCUACUUGAUAACGACAGCCGACACAAUGCAUAUCCCCGGCUCUGCAAAGACCAACUCUCAGCAGAGUCGUAGCUCACAUGGCUCUAUCUCAACGGGCAGGGAUAGUGGGCUGAGCAAUAAAACUCGAGCCUCUAGAGCAAGCAAGUCCUCCCUCUCAAUUGCUGCCAUACUGGGAGGGAUUGGAGCACCGGCUGCUAGUAUCGUAGCUGCGCCAACCUUGGGCCUUUCUGCACCGUCAGCCAGCAGCGAUAUUACGGGAGACCCCACUAGACUCGGCCUUACCCCGGUGCCUUUCUCGGCCGUUCCUAAUGGAACCCAGAAGUUUUCUAAGAGCCCAUUGCCGAAUACGAAGUCUCCCCCAAGGUCACCGCUUUACAAACGGCCAGAUAGCACCCGCCGCAAUUUAGUCUUAGGCACCGGGCAGACAGCAGUGGACGAGUAUCUUGUGGCAGCUAGAGAGAAAUAUGCAGACAACAGUAUCAUCAUGAGGGCUCUUGCGUCGGUCAAGUCGCCAGUCGGUACUCAAUCACAUACCUAUCCCAUGCUGUAUGGAAAGAGGGCUUCUUCGAUUACGGCAGGAAAUAUUUCAGACAACCUCAGCUCCGACUCAACUUUUGCGCAGGAUAACAUGCAUACCCCUAAACGUAGCACAGUACCAAAGCCAAGUAUAGAUAUACACAGCGGGGAGGAGUCUCCUCUAAUGGUAUACAAGCUUCAUUUGCAGAGCGAAGACCGCGGGACCUUUGAUGCCUCGUUCCCCGCUCCAUACUCAAUCCACGAUAAAGCCAUUUCAAAAGGAGGUGUGGUGCAAGACAUGGACCUGACCGAUGAGACGCUAGCUGCAGAGCUCGUCACCAGCUUUGUUCGUACAUCAAUUUGUGGAGUGCUCAACAAGAGUGCGCCUGCCAGUCUUUACCCUCAGCGCCUUUCGCUGAUUGAUGAUGUUAGUGAUAUCAGCGACCCCAGUGAUACAGAGCCAUUUGAUGGGGCAAUCAAGAGCGCCCAGAUAGUGGAGCAUGAAAGGUUUGUUGCGGCACACAGUAUCCAAUCGGCUAAUGAUGGGAAGCGUGUCGAUAUUCUACGUGCACAGUCUGCGCCUCCGCGAUAUGCAACGGACGUCUUUGUUGCCGAGCCGGAGAACUCCAAGGAGGGCGUUCCGUUUCCAGGCCCGUCUUUCACUGGUGCUAACACAUUCCUCACCGGGACAGACUACAUACAGGAGAUUUCUGAUAUCGAGGAGGAGCACCCUGCGAACACCGCCUAUCAGCCCGGCCUCUUCGACGACACGCUCCUGACGAGGCGCAUCCGCGAGGGGAUCGAGAUGAUCACGGGGCCGGUCGAUGUUGUGGGGAUCCUCCAGAGCGAUAGCCCCCAAGAGCAGGACAUCCUCUCGUUUCUGCCGCGGGGGCGCCGCUCCUCGUUGCGCGACAUCUACACGGCGCUCCGGACGGUCCUCGAAAACCCGAUCACGACGUAUGCGGCGAUCACAGACGAGGAGAUCCUGGCGAGCCUCCUCCGGCAGGUAAACUAG